ACUAUGGGAUUGCAUAGACACAUGCAAUAUAUAUUCAAGUAUGAUAGAAAAUGUGUGAUUGUAUUCAUAAUACCACACUUACUCAAUAGGAACGCCCCUUUUGCUUUUGAGCACAUUAACGAUGGCCGCCUCUAAGAACACGCUGAACGCAGAAACAGACGACAAGCUACUGAAAGAGAAUGCCAUCAUAAAUGGUUCCACUUGUAAUGAAGGAGACCAGGAUGAUUCAUCUGCGCAAGGGUUAACUACAACGGACAGGUUAUUAACGGGAGAGGAAAAUGUAAAUACCAACAAGGAUGGUGGAUCACUUUGGAAUAAAUUGAAGAAAGAUCAACUCUUUAGAAAGAAAUACAUGAUGACUAUAGCAUAUAUUGCUUCCUUUCUGACCCUGGGAUGGGUGGAGGGCCAGUUUGGACCUACGUUUCCAGAUCUUAGACUUAUUGCCCACGCAACGCUCGAGGAAGGAUCUCUAUUCUUUACCAUGGGUACCGUUGGAUACCUCCUUGGCUCAUUGUUAACAGGCUUUCUAUUUGAUAGACGAGUCUUAGAUAGAAACCUGUUGAUGUUCAUUGCCACCGCCGGAUAUGGCGUCAUCAUAGCUAUUAUACCGUGGUGUGGGCUGUAUGAGGUCAUGGUCAUUAUUCAUAUUGUUAAGGGGGCUUUUGGUGGCGGUUUGGACACAUGCGGAAAUGCAGGAAUGGUUGUAACGUGGGGAAAUGAAGGUGAUGCUUACUUCAAUGCUUUGCAUUUCGCUUUUGCUGUUGGUGGAAUUCUGUCUCCCUUGGCAACAGCCCCGUAUGUUAUGUCACUUGACAACAAUAAUCACGUGAUGAAUAGGACCACGUUUAACUCAACUUCUAUAAAAAGUACAGGAUUAGAGAUUACUGAAAACAUGUACGAUGUAAGUAAUUUAUCCUCAAGUAGAAGGUCGAUUGAGGAGCAGACAUCGCUGAUUUAUGUUCCAUACGCUAUAACUACGGGGGUUUGUUUUUUGACGUCACUUCCGUUUAUUGUCUUUUGCUGUAUAUCACUGCAGAAGACACUCGAAAAGGAGAAAAAAGAAGAUGAAGAGGAAAAUAAAAAAAAAUCUCAUCGACGCUUACGAAUUGUGGGAUUCAUAAAUAUGGUUGUUUAUAUAGCUGUAUACGUAGCUGUAGAGAACUGUUUUGCAGGUUUUCUGACAACAUUUGUUACGUCACAAUUACAUUGGUCAAAUGCAGAUGGAAGCUACAUCACUUCCGGCUAUUGGUCUUCAUUUGCUGUUGGACGUUUUCUGGGAAUUUUCCUCGUUAGAUGGUUCAGCCCUGCAAAAAUGAUUUUCGCGUACAACUGUGCGCUGUUGUUGUCUCUACUUGGCUUUCUUCUUACGUCACAAUAUGACGUCAUAUAUGGUGUAUGGAUAUUUUCUAUUCUAAUAGGACUUUCUAUGUCAGUAAUUUUUCCCACCGUGUUUAUGUGGACGGAACAGAAAUUUUUAAAGGUUACGGGAAAAAUAGCCUCUCUUUUUCUCGUGGCGGCGUCUGUGGGCUUCAUGGUAAACCCCCCGAUUGUUAGCGUUUUAAUGGAGAAAUUUACCCCUAUGUGGUUCAGUUACCUUUUGUUUGGAGAAACAGCAGUUUUAUUUGUGCUUUAUUUCUCCGGUUUAUUUAUCUCUAGGAAGAUAGCGUCAAAGCAUCCUAUUAUGGCGGACCAGGAGCUUACUAUAAAGGAAAAUAUUGAUUAAGCGGUUUCUUUAUUUGUAAAGUCAUAAAUAAAAUCUCAGAAAAGUCCAUGAUAAUUGAACAUGGCACUGAUUAACAGCUCUUGCCAGGAACCAGCUAACGUUUUGUAACUAAAGUUUACUUGACACAAUUUGAAUGAAAUACCAAUGAGUAAUUAAUAAGUGAAAAUGUAUUCAGUGUACAAUGAUAGUAAAGUUGGAUAUAUCGCUCUCUACUGUGUUAUUAGAACAUUGUCUCCAGUGUGAUAUCAAAAUAGUGAAAUGAUACCGAUGUAAUAUGAUACAGGUGUUAUAUGAUACUGGUUUAAUAUGAUACCGGUGUAAUAUGCCAUUGUUAUACCAGUGCAAAUUAAAGAUAGU